AAAAUAUUCUAUUUAUUCUAAAAAGAUGACUUCAAGAAGGCUCUGAGUUUCCUCUCUUCUGGAGUUUAUAACUCUCUCUUAGGGAGCUCACUGUUCCCAAGAGCUCAGCCAAUUAGAGGCUCCCUUGAUUUCUCUUCUUGCCUACCCAGGAGCUGUAACACCACCCAACAAGAUCGAUGAGAGAAGAUCCUGGGAAAGAAUAUUCAUUGAAGAACAAUGUUGCCCCACAAAAAUUUUAGGAGUCCGGCAUUGUUGCUUCAGAGUAAUUGUCCACAUUGCUCAUGGAAGGAGAGUGAACAGGCCAUGUUACAUGUCAAUCAUACACAGUCAGGCCAACAGAAAUUAUACUCUGAAAGUCAUGUCUGUGAAUGUUCACAUUCAGCUGAGAUUCCUGUCCCUCAGGGAAAAUCUGGCAUAUGGCCUCCACUAUCAGAUCCUGAUAAAUGUACCCUUGAGAGUCUAUCCUGUGAUGAUACCCAACAAACUGAGAAAUCCCCACCUCAUGGAAAAGUUGCCAUCCAACCAAUGCUAUCAAGUCAAGGGAAAUUCACUAAUGAAAGUUCAGGUUACGAAAACUUACAGUCCAUUGAUUCUACCCUUCCUCAUGGAAAAGCUACAAUCUGGCCUCCACUGUCAAGCCGGGGAAAAUUCUGGGAAGACUCAUACCAAAUGGAGAGUGUCAUUCCUCGUGUAAAGGCAACCAUUCAACAGAUUCCAUCAGGCAGAGCAAAAUUUACCUCUGAGAAUACAAUCUGGGAAGGCUCACAAUCAAAUCAAACUACCAUCUACCAUGGAAAAAGUGGUGUCUACCACCCAUCAUUUGGCAGAGGGAAAUUAAUCCGUGAAAGUCCAGUUUGGGAAGGAUCACGACCAAAUGGGACUCCUCUCCAACUUGGAAAAAUUGGCAUCCAGAAUACAUCUGUAACUAGAGGAAAAUUCAGUCGUGAGAAUUCAGCAUGGGAAGGCUCACAACCAGCUGAGAUUUCCAUCUCUCAAAGUAAAGCUACUAUUCAGCUCACGCCAUCAAAUCAGGAGAAAUUUACCUAUGAGAACAUAGUCUGGGAAGGCACACAAGCACAUGAUACUUCUCUAUCCUGUGGAAAACCCCCUGUCCCGAAUCCACCAUUGAUUCGAGGAAAAUUAAUCCAGGAGACUCCUACAUGGGAAGCAUCAAAACUACCAGAGACUCACUUGUCCCAAGGGAAAUCUAUUGUGCAGCACCCACCAUUAGCUCGAGGAAAACUCAAUCAUGACAAUGCAGCAUGGGAAGAUUCACAACCAGUUAAGACCACCCUGGCUCAUAGAAAAGCUGCACUCUGGCCUCCAAAGUCAAACAAAGGGAAAUUCUCUUCUGAGAGACCAGUAUGGGAAAGUUCACAAUCAACUGAGGUUUUCCAUUUGCAUGGGAAAUCUGUUGUUUGGCCCCCUCCUCCUCUAAGGCGAGGAAAAUUGACUUGUGAGAAUCCAGGGUGGGAAGGGACACAGUCAUCUGAGACCUCCAUCUCUCAUGGAAAGCCCACAGUUCAACCUCCACCAUCAGGCAGAGGGAAAUUCACAAAUGAUAGUCCAGUAUGGGAAGAUUCACAGUCAUCUGAGACUUCCCACUCUCCUGGAAAAACUGUUGUUUGGCCCCCAUCAUUAGGCCAAGAGAAAUUCAGUGGUGAAAGUUCUGGGUGGGAGGAUUCACAAACUGAUGAAAACCCCCAAUCCACAGGAAAAGUUUCUGUUUGGCCCCCACCAUCAGGUCAAGGGAAAUUCAACGGUGAGGAUCCACAAUGGGAAGAUUCACAGCCAGGUGAGAUUCCCCAGCCUCCUGGAAAAGUAGCUAUCUUGCCUUCAAGCAGAGGAAAAUUUACUUAUGAGAAUCUAGGCCAAGAAGGCUCACAACCAGCUGAAAAUAACCUCUCUCAUAAAAAGCCUAUUGUCUGGCCUCCACCACCAAACCGAGAAAAAUUCAUCUCUGAGAAUAUAGCUUGUGAAGGUCCAAAACCAGCUGAGACUACAUAUGGCCAGGGCAAGUCUAUCAUCUACCCAUCAUCAUCAAGCCAAAGAAAAUUAUUGAAUGACAAUUCCAUGUGGGAAGGCUCCCAAUCAGGUGAAACUCCCUUUCUUAGAAAAAAUGCAAAUCAUCCCUCACCAGGCCCAGGGAGAUUCACUUGUGACAGUCCAAAGUGGAAAGGUUCACAAAAUGCUGGGACUCCCCAUCUUUUCAGUAAAAGUGGCACCAGAAUCCCACAAUUAGGCAGAGGGAAAUUGAGCUUUGAGAAAUUUCUAUGGCAAGGCUCUCAACCAUCUGAAAUUCCUCACGCAAAACUUACUGUCAAACGUUCGCCAUCCUGUUUAGGGAAAUUUACUUAUGGUAAAUCACUUUGGGAAGGUUCCCAACCAGGUGAGACUAUCUUAACUCAAAGAAAAGUUAAUAUCAAGCGCUCACCAUCAUGUCAAGGGAAACUUGCUUAUGAUAAAUCAGUUUGGGAAGGUUUAAAACCUGCUGAAGCCCCACUACAGCGUGGAAAAACAACAGUCUGGCCUCCACCACCCAGGCGAGGGAAAUCAUCCAGUGAAGUUUCAUCAUGGAAAGAUAAAGAGUCAGCAGAGACUCCCCAUUCCUUUGGGAAAAUUAUCACCAGAGGAAAAUUCAACUGUGAGAGUUCAGGGAUAGAAGGUUCACAAAAUGCUGAGAUUGCCUAUGUUCUUGGAAAACCAGUGAUCCAGACCCCACAGUCAGGCAAAGUGAAGUUAACUUUUGAUGAUCCUGAAUGUGAAGGCACAGAACCAGCUGAGACUUCUCUCCCUCACAGCAAAACUACCAUCCAACGCAGACAAUCUUUUCUUGGGAAAUUUACCUGUGAAAACCAAACAUGGGAAGGCACACAAUCAGAUGAGAAUGCCAUCCCCAAUGGAAAAACUUUAAGCUGGUCCCCACCAGCAGGACAAGGAAAAUUCUCCUUUGACAGUUCAAGCUGUGAUGAUUCCCAAGUAUUUGAAACUACCCACUCUCAUGGAAAAGGUCCACUCCAUCUCCAACCAUUGGGCAAAGGGAAAUGCAUACAGGAGAAACCAGGCUGGGAAGGUUCACAGUCAGCUGAAUCCCCUCUUCCCAUUGGAAAGUCUGCUGUUCAGCCCAAAACAGGAAGAGAGAAAUUCACCUGUGAGAAUUCAGUUUGGGAAAACUCUCAGUCAACCAAACUUUCUCACAGAAAAACUCGAGUUCAGCACUCUGCAUUGGUUCGAGGAAAAUUCCGCAGUGAAAGUACAAUCUGGGAAAGCACACAACCAUCUGAGGUGCCUCUGCUUCAGGGAAAAUCUGCUGUUUGGCCCCCACAAUCAUCCCGUAUGAAAUUCACUUGUGAUAGUCCAGUGUGGGAAUGUUCACAAAAAAUUGAGAGUUCCCUCCAUCGUGGAAAAGUUGCUUGGCAGUCUCCUCCAUCAGGCAGAGGGAAAUUUGCUGGUGCACACACAUCUUGGGAAGGCUAACAAGCAGCAGAAGCACCUCCAUCAUUCAGAAGAUCAGCCUUCCAGAUUACAACAUCAAGUAAAGGGAAACUGUCCAUUGAAGGUCAAGUUUGAGAAGGCUUUCCAUUUCAAAAACCUUCUAACUGGUACCUGGGGACUGUUUGAUUCAAGAAAGUUUUCUAUGGAUGAUUUUUACUACUCACUAUUUCUUUUCUCUUGUCCUCCACAAGUAGUGCCAGUUUGGGGAUAAACAAUUUCCUCUUGAAAAUUCUUAUACUAUUUUUAUUCUUAGCUAGCAUAAACCUACUCCUUCCUAUCUCCAUUAUCCUUUGACACUGUUUUACUAACCCUUUAUACUGAGUGUUGAAAUCCCGCUUUAAAAUUUUAAUUUAAAUUCCAGCUCAUCAGGAAUUUCUUUCUUUUAUUAUCCUUACUCCUCCCAUUAAUUGCAAUGAUUCAUUCCUUUAAGAUACCAAGUUUCUGGAAAUCCUUUCAAUUGCUGACUAUCCCUUUUUCUAGUUCUCUGGACACAUAGGUCAAGACCAAAUUAAUAUUUUUAUUUUUAUCUAAUGCCAUUUCUGAUCUUUUCUGCCAUUAUUAGUAAGCAACCUCUUUUCUUUUCAAAAGCAUGCUAUUUGACUGCAUAACAUCCACUUGCUGUCAUCUUUCAAUUUUACUUAUUUUGAGGGACUGGCUGUUGGCUUAUUGACUCUCUGCAACAAGCGUUGGCAUUGUCCUUAAUAGCCUUGUAUUCAUAUUGAUGAUCAUUGAUGCACCAUCCCUGAUAUUGCUUAACUCUAAUGACAUUCAUCUUUGUUCUAGUUCACCUAAUUACUAAAGCAGUCAUACCUAUCAUUUGAAAUUGUUCUUCAUCUAAGACUGGAUACUGAAAUUUCCUAACAACCUCUUAUCAUUCCAACCUUACUACAACCUCAGUCUAUCUGAACUUGUCCUUUGGUCUCAUCAUACUCUCUUGUUCAACAUUCCUUCCCUUUUCUACCAGUUCACAAUUUUCAAGAUUCUCUCCUUAGGCCUCUCUUUGGCUUCAUUCAAUUCAACUAACUUCUUUUUCUACAUUCUCUCCUUUGGUGACCUCAUCAGCUUCCAUGACUUAAAUUAUUUUAUCUUUGUAGCAUACUUGGAUUCAGAGGAUCAGAGGGCCAGUUUUGAGACUGAAGAGAUCUCAAAGGUUAUCUAGUCUAACCUCUUGAUUCCAUAGCUAUUAUUAUAUUGCACAUUAAUAGUCUGAUGAGUCUGUAAUGCUAUUUGUGUGAGUAAUCUCUCUACUGAUGAGAGAGUUUAAAUGAUUUUGCCACAGAAAUACAGGUAGCAAUUAAAAGAACUGGAGUCCAAGGCCAUGUUUUCUGACAACAAAUCUAGUUCUUUCUACUAUUCCAUGUUGACUUCAAAUAAGUUUCCAUCUUUAGCUAUUCCCUUUCCCACCAUAAUUCAUACAUUUAAUGGUAAUUUAAUGAGCACCUACUUUGUGCAAAACACUAUAGUGGUUAAUGUUAUUGCUGGGAGGAGGCAAUACAGAAAAAGCCACUUCUAUGUAGAAUUGAGAAAUUAUUAAAAGUAAUUUAUAGUCCUCUACAUUUUAUUCCUUUCUGACCUACUCUGAGGACUAUAAUACUUUCAAAUUGUCCUCUAUGAUAUAGAAACAAUCUCUCUGAUCUAGAAUUGAGCAUGGUUUAGUAAUAGGACACUGGACUCAAUCUAGAUUUGGGUUCUGAUCCUACUUUCUAGCUUUAUGACUGUUCAAAUCAUUUAUACUCUCUAUGCCUAUUUCCUCAUCUCUAAAGUGAGGGAUAUAUACUAAUUGGUCUAAUAAAUUCCUUCCAGUUCCUAAAGUUAUGACUAAGUGACUUCAAGAAUCUGUGAGUUUUACCAGCAUGGGUUCCCCUAACAUUAGCACAAAUCACCAAUGACUCUAACUCUUAAAUAAGUUGUUCUUCAGGAGCUUAUGUGACUAAGAAAUUCUCAUCUGUUGAUGUUCAAGCUUAAGGUGAUGAACCCUCACAACACCAAAUAAAGCUGGUCCUGGAACAACAACAACAAAAAAGACACACAAUCCACUGCCGGACUCAAUCUUGGAAGAACUUGGCUUUUGUAAGUUUGCAAAAUUGGCAUAGAGUAACUAAUUAUCACUUCUGUACUGCAGUGAAGGAACAGUGAAAGCUUCAUGGAAUUUUUCUGUUAUAAAUAUGUAUAUUAACAUAGAAUUAGAAGAUAAUGACAGAUGAUUCUCCAUGUCAAUGGGAAAGGAUCCCUUUAUUAAUUAGCAAGCACUUGUUGAGUAGCAGAGGUACUGGCUGUUUCUAGAAGACCUUUUUGCUAAUGAUUUUUUAUGAGCAAUUCUGCCACAAGUGGAAGAAAACAAAUUGACUUAUAGUUACGUAAUGUUUUUCUCAGCCCCAUUCAGUGUGAGAAAUGAUAUCUGUUGUAUAGUAGAAACUAGUAGACACUUUCAGCCAACCCAGCAGUUUUUAUAAAUUGAGGGAUUAGAUUCUUCCCCCUAAGGUUUUGCUAUGCCAAAUUUUAGUCCCUUCAACUUUUUUAAGGGGUUCAACACUUUUAAAAUUGAUUUUGUGAGUCAUGUCCUAGGCUUCAGAACAUUGAAAAUGAUUAGAAGUUGACUUCUCCUUUCACUUUUCACAUUUAAUGCUGUUAUUAACAAGAUCAGAAAAAAUGUUAUUACAUAUAAUUCAGAGAAUAAAUGAAGUUACUAAGCAUGAUAAAAUAAUAUUAGAUUAGAAUACCUAUAUAUUCAUAGAAUCAUUGUGAUACAAUAUUUUGAUGCAGGAUUAUUAGACAGGCCACUUCUACUAGAGGAAGAGUCAUGGGCACAUGGAGCCAGCAAGAUUGAUUGCUGAGGGUUCAUGAGUAUAGUCCCUGAGAGCAAAGAUUUUGCUAAUAAACCUUAUUUUUUAUGAUUUUCUCAUCUACUUACUAGUAGAGAUCAAAGGUACCAUAUUGCAAUUUCUAACACCUUUUUUUCUACUUUAACAUAAAAUUAUAUAAAUGUGUAGAAUAGAAGGAAGUAUAGAAUCAGCUGAUAGUCCAGAUAGAGCUAUUUGAGAUGUAGUUGCAGGUAUGGCUUCAUUUCCCAAAGCCACAGAGAAAUUGGAAUCUAAAAUGGCAAUUAGACAGAUGUACAUUUUUUAUAUCCUUAUUGUUUAAAUGGGCAUUCCACAGUGGUUUUUCUUCCAAUCAAUAAUUUAAUAUGAGUGGAACUCUAUCCCUGUUAUAAAGAAUUCUAGAUGUGACUGACAAAUUUAUUAUUCAGUUUUGUUGUUGAUGACAUUGUUUCUGUUUUUUUUUAAUGACUUAUUCUUUCCAUUAACAAGCAUUUACUUAGUCCAGUCUGGAAGCCAAGAAUAGUGCACAAGUAUUAUGGGAAAUUCAGAAGCAAUGAAAGCUAUUGCUUUUGCCUUGACUUAUGUUCUUGAAAAGUUUAGUAUCCUCAUCUUUUAUCGUUAUUAAAAGCAUUCCUUAAAAUUUAAACAAGUAAAGAUGAAUAGUAAAGUGUUACUCUGGAUAUUUCUUGUAAAAGCCAUCACAAAAUCUGAAUAUAGAUGUUCAGGUUUCACUGACACUGGGAAGCCUCCUGAAUGAACCAAAGUAGCCUAGAAAAAUCAGGAAAAUAAUAUAUUUCAAAUUGCUGUGAAAUCUGAGAAGCCCUAGAGAGUUAAAGGCAUUAUUAGUGCUAAUUAUUAUUAUCGUUACUUAUCAGUUAAGUAGUAAAUCAAUGUUAGCUAUAAUGUGUUAUGAUGUACCAGGAGUCCAAAAUCAGGUCGUGGGUACUGGUUCUGCUACUUAUUGAUUGUAAGACUUUGAUCAACUCACCUCAUUUCUUUAAGCUUCUGUUUUCUCAAAAAUAAAAUGAAGUUUAAUAAGUUAGAUGUAUAAGAGACACUAGUGAAAAUAAAGGACAGAAAGUGAUAUGCCCAAUGUGAUACAUUCAUUCAUCACUAAAUUCUGAUCCUCUUAUUGAAAAGGUAGUUAUCUGUCUACCACAAUAUACUGAUCUGCUGGCUUAAUAGGUAUUUUUCAUAAUAAAUUAAUGCAUGUGAAAUCACUUUGUAAAAUAUAAAGCACUGUGCAAAUAUACUGUUACUCUUAUUAUAAGGAGGAAGAGGUCUGUAGGCCCAUUUUUGAGUGCAUCAUUUGAGUAGUAGUAUUUUUGUGAAAGGUAAGAAUGUGUUUCCAAAGUUCUUCAAACUUUAUUUCAAUUUUGUAGAAUAAUGGGCAAUGGAGGGAAUGAGGGAUAAGAGAAGAAAUACUGGCAUGAAAUAAUAGCAUGGUUAAAAAAUCAUUGUUUCGAUGAGACAUGGUCUACAUAUACAGAUUUUCAUGUCCAUCAUCAAACCCUUGGUGAGUCAGAGAGAAGAAGGACUAUAAGUGGGAAAUGGGGACAUUGCUCCACAAGAAUUUAGUUUUCCUCAGUUUAGUAAAUUAAAAUGAUUCUUUGUCUUUUCAUUUUUCCUUUGCCUUUUAUCCAUCAUUAGAACUGUUUUCAAGCUAAAUAUAAUAAUACAUGAAAUAUGCUUGUAGUGCUUUCCAGAAAGCUUAUUAAAUCACAAAUUGAAAAAGAAA